AUGGCUUCAGUAAUGACAACCGGGCGAUGGGCUGAUGAGGAUCCCGUAUCACCAAGCCACCGGGAGGUGCCAUCCACCACCGAGACGGAUAUUGAUCCUGAAACUGGUCUCAAGAGCAUAACCGAGUAUCAAGAGCGGGACGGUGCUGUAUAUAAGGUGACGAGAGUCGUCAAGGUCACUACUGUUCGAGUGACUUGCAGCAAGGCUGAGUCAGAAAGACGGAGACAUUGGACUCCCUUUGGAAAAGCUGUGGAGACGAAUAGAAAUAAUACUUUUGCGAAUCGUACCGAAGAUGAGAUCAAUCUGGAGCCCAGCAAGCUUACUGGUGCCAGCGCUGCUGCUGAGGAUGAGACUGGUGCCGAUCAGGAGAAAUUCUGGACGGCGAGUGUGGACCAAGUCCUCGGUCUCAACAAGAAGAAGGUUAGCGUAUGGACUAAGUUCCGUGGUGAAAGUGAAGGAGAGGCCGACGGCGAAGCUGAGAAGGAGGCGAUUCCGCUCCGUACUCACACGACUGGCCGCUAUGUGCCUCCCAACCAACGUGGCCUUGGUGGUGGUGCUAGACCAUUCGACCAACAGAAGGACAGAGAUGAGCACACUUUGCGGUAG